GCGUUCGCGAGCCGUUCAUGGUGGCUCGAGCCCCGUCUCGUCCGUGUGAAUCGUGUCGCCGCCCGCGUGCUUGUGUGUCGGUCCCGGGAACGGCGGAGCUCGCGACCCGCUCCCCGUCCGGGCGGCAGUGACGCGGGUCAGUAGCGUUAACACUGACGGUGUCACCGCACUAACGCCAUCUUAAGAGCGAGAGGCUGGUGGCGCAGCGCGGGCCGAACUGUCCGCCAUUUAACAACAACAACAGCAGCGAGUAUGAGCGGAAAGUCUCACCGUACGCGUUCAACACGUGACACCAGGCACGAGCCGGUAAACACUAGUGACCCCGGUACACGCCGGUAAACGGACCGGCGGGACGUCGUUUUUUCCGCCGUUUGAUUUAAAACUUAACACGUUAGCUCCCCAUGCUAGCGUUAGCCUCAGCGGCUGUAGCUGCUACUGCUCCCUGAAUGCGGUCUGACUCGGGUCUCGUGGCCCGCUACAGACCAGAUUUCAUGGGCUGUGGUCUGGAUCGGGUCCUGGUUUGGCCUGAGGGUCCGCAGAAAGCACGGGUUCAGUUCCAGUGAAUGAAGUCAUAAUAUAACUCGUUAGCUUUGGUGCUAACAGCUGGGAAAGGACUCCGACAUUCAGUCAGUGGCCGUGUGGCGCGUGCACGCGCAAGGGGCGCGUGUCCGCUACGGAGCAGACAUGAACUGUUGACGUUAGUUCACUGACAGAGGGAACACCUGCUCAGAUGGCAGAGACGGUGAAGUACGUGGACGAUGAACAUAAAAGCAUCUUCCUGAAGCUUCUUAACGAGCAGCGUCUCGAGGGCGAACACUGUGACAUCGCUGUGGUCGUCGAGGAUGUGAAGUUCCGCGCUCACCGCUGCGUCCUUGCCGCCUGCUCCAACUACUUCAAGAAGCUGUUUAAGAAACAUGAGGUGGAUAACUCGUCCGUCAUUGAGAUCGACUUCAUACGCUCGGACAUCUUUGAAGAAGUGUUGAACUACAUGUACACAGCAAAGAUCUCUGUGAAGAAGAGAGAUGUUAACCUGAUGAUGUCAUCAGGUCAAAUCCUUGGAAUACGAUUCCUGGACAAACUCUGCUCCCAGAAACGAGACAUGUCCUCAGAAGACAAAGACAAGUUUCCCUACGACAUCGUAAAGAUGGCGCUGCCGCCUGAAGCUCAGCUGGCCACAGAGUCUGAGGUGCUCGGAGAUGACACGCCCACUACUGAUGACCUUGUGGAAGCAUCGGCCAAUCAGGAACUAGAUAAAUCUCCCAGUGCAGCACUGAGAGUUCAGGAAGCAAUUCUGAAAGAACUGGCCAAUGAGGACGUCCACAAGGUGAGCUGCUAUGACCAGGAUGUGGUGUCAGAGAUGGAGGCGGAGCCUAAAGAGUUGGGGGCGGAGCAGCACAGCUCUCAGACGUUGGCGUUCACGGACAGUAUGAGUGAAGUAAAAGACGAGCAGACUCCUGCCUGGUCCUCAGCAACAACUGACAUGAAGUUUGAGUAUCUGCUGUAUGGACACAGAGAACAGCUGUCCUGUCACAUCUGUGGGAAGAACUUCCUGGACGAGAGCAGACUGAGGAAACAUGAGAAGCUUCAUUCAGCAGAGAGACCGUUCGCCUGUGAGAUCUGUACUAAAGCUUUUACUACACACGCUCACCUGAAAGAGCACCUGAAGAUACACACAGGCUUUAAACCGUACAGAUGUGAAGUUUGUGGCAAAUCUUUUAUUCGAGCUCCAGAUCUGAAAAAACAUGAAAGAGUUCACAGCAACGAGAGACCGUUCGCCUGUCAGAUGUGUGACAAGGCUUUUAAACACAAGUCUCACCUGAAGGACCAUGAGAGGAGACACAGAGGAGAGAAACCGUUCGUCUGUCCUUCCUGUUCCAAGGCUUUUGCCAAGGCAUCAGACCUGAAGCGUCAUGAGAACAACAUGCACAGUGAGAGGAAACAGAUGAAUCCUCUGCAGAGCGACACAGAGACACUACAGGCUGCUGCCAUGGCAGCAGAAGAGCAACAGCUCGAUAUGAGCCCCGCCCCCUGACACCUGGACAGCACUAGCCCCGC